CACCCGAAAGCCAGCAGCAGUUCAGAAAUUUAUGCAAAGUGCUUAGGAGCCAUGCGCCACUCCAGAUCUAUCUCUAUCUCCAUCUACCCCCAUACCCAUACCCAUACCCCACCGCUACCCACACUCAGAUAUCCGUAGCCACAUGUUGGCGCUCAUAAUUUUUACGCCAUUAGACAACUUUGUGCAUAAACUCAUUAAAAUGUACUUGAAUUCCUCGAAACGAAAUGGAGAUGGCACUGCUGAUGUGCCUGGAUCUGGAGAUGGGAUGCCUUGGCGAGGCGUUUGGCUAAUUUGUCGAGCAGCGUCAAAUGACAGGCGAAAGGCAACAGACUGUUUCUCCGAUGCCCCACCACUCGAAUCCAUGGACAUGUGGCGCAAUUUGACAGUUUGAGGCGCAACAAGAUAGAUUGACUCGCAAAGAUGCUGGUCUAGCCGGAAUGAAGUUGGGUGUGGAUGGAAAUGGCAAUGUCAGUGCAGACAUUACGCAAUUUGAGACAACUCAAGCAAACACUCGAGUGCGGCCGGCGCUGGGAUGAUUAUGAUUACGAUUAUUAUUUUAAGCCUCAUGAGUUUGUCGCUGUCUUGCUCUCUGGAAUUAUGAUGCCAAACAUCAUGAAAACGAUAAACAGACGCUGGGGAGUCAUCUUGCAACACAUGGCUGCAUCCAUCCCGGUCUUGGAUAUUUGGGAAAAAGUCUGGGCUAUGGAAGGGCAUUAAAAAAUCCGAAUAAAUCCAAAAGCUCUUUUUAUGAAAUUUACAAUAUUUUAAAUAGGUGGGAAAUAAAAGAAGCACAUAUUUUAUCAGUCAACCUCCUAUCAGGAGUCCCUUUUUAUUGCUAAAGACUUAAAAAUCAAUAAAGUCCAAUGAUAUAUAAAAACUAUUUUUAGUUUACCCCACCGGGUUGACUACCCGAAAAGUCCCCAUUUUCACUGAUCAUGAAUCAUAUUCAAGGCCAAACAACCAAUUGAAUUGAAUCGAAUCGAGUAAAAUCGGUGAAGACACCAGUAUCUAUAAACUGAUUAUAAUGUCAUUUACUUAUCAGCUAGAUAUCAGUAUCGCCAAGUUCGGACCAACUUUUGUCCGAUUUAAGCACAAUUGUGGACUUCUAGUGGUCCCCAGUAACUCACGAGCUUCCGAACGAAAAAUAUCGACUCUGUAAGAAUGAGUGGUAUACAAACCACAACUGCGGGUCCAGUACCCGACCCCCCACAGGAAACCAUCAUCUUUGCCACCGCACCACCACCUGAGCCCAGAAAACCGGCUAUAACCACUAAUAACAGAGGAUACUUUACGCGCAUCAAUAAACAGAAUCAUGCCUCCUAUGCAGGUGAGGAAAUGGGACUACACAGUCGAAAAUCGCAUGUCUUUACCGACACUCUUCUUCCAGUUUUCUUCCUACUCAUCUAUGGUGGUAUGGACAUGGCCGCUAGCUUGGGCUGGAGUCAACCAUACAGCGUCCUCCUGUUUACGGAAUACUCGUACUGUUGGUUUGUAGGUGUCAUCAUUGGAGCAGUAGCCGCCACUGCCUCCAUGACUUUUCUGCCUAAGCUGGUCUACUACGUUUUCGGGGGUCUGAUGCAACUUACUGGCUCCAUUAUAUUCACAGCUGCACCUGGAGACUAUUCGGCCUGCCUGGCCGCCCGCUAUUUGGCCGGCUUGGGGAUUGGCUUCAUUACGGUGCCUUUCCUCAUUCACAACGCGGAGGUGGCAUCCUGCAACCUUCGAGGAGUCAACGGCGGAAUGGAGCAGUCCGGACUAGCCCUGGGAAUUUUCUUUCAAGUGAUUUUUACUACGGAGUGGACUUCAAUAAUUAGCUCAAACCCAAACGAGAUCCACGGCAUCUUAGGGAUCGUAUUCUCCCUGUGUGGCUUGGCGAUGACUGCCCUGGUGAUAGAGUCGCCAAUCUUCUAUCUACGGCGAAAUAUGCAAAACAGGGCGCUGCAGAGCCAGGAGAAACUUUUGAGCCAUAAUCCCGGUGCCGUUAGUGCAACUCUGGAAGAGGCAAGGAAGUACGUGGCAGAGAGCGACAAUCGCACGCUGGGCGAGGAGCUGGUGGCUUCGGUGAUGCCCUUCCUGAAAAUGCUGCUCUUCCGCUGCUUCGUUGCAUUCUCCUUCUCUCUGCCGCUGACCAUGUCGAUCAUCUCGAGCACCGCAGUAGCGGAGAAAGGCAGCAGUCUUUGGCCAAUCUACUUAUUUGGUGUUCUCCGUGGGAUCGGGGUCAUGGUGGCUUUCUUAUUCCUGGACACUUUGGGCCGCAAGGUUGUGUCCAUGGUUGGCCUCCUCGUUAUGGCCGGACUUAUGCUCGGACUGGCAGGUCUAUAUGCCGACGUGGUGAACUUAAUUAGCUUUAACGAGAUGACCUCAGCCUGCAAUAUCGGAAUGGCCCUCCAGGCGUUCGCAGGACUCUUCGUGUGCAGCUCAUCAGCAUAUAUGGGCGAGGCCUUUCCCAUGCGGGUCAAAUCGUUCAUGGUCGGAGUGAUUGUAAUCAUUGAGCAGAUCGUCCAUAUCGUCGUAAUUGCCUGCGUAAGCUCAGCGCCCAGCAAAGAUUUCAUGUUCCAGUAUUUCCUGGCCGUAGGCAUUAUCAUGCUGGUGGGCAUGAUCUUCUUAUCCGUAUCCAUGCCGGAGACAAAGAAGAUGACGCUGAGGAAGGCUGGCCAUCGAUUUCAGAAGUGGUACGACUUACAGAUGUACUAGGUCUAAGACUCCAGACUCAUUAUAAUUCUUACAAAAUACACUUUUUCUCUUACUGAUUUAAGUUAAUAAAAUUAGAUUCGUAAUAAUAAAUUGUCAUGUGAUAAGCAUUAUAGCAUAAGCAUUUAAUUGGAAUAACAACUAAAGAAUUCACAGACAAAUAACAUUGUUAAUAAAAUUCGUAAUUCGUAAUAAUAUAAUUCGUAAUUCGUAAUAAUAUAAUGUCAUGUGAUAAGCAUUAUAGAAUAAGCUUUUAAUUGAAAUAACAACUAAACAAUUCACAGACAAAAAAACAUUGUUUACUUUUUCGUAGUUUUGUAAACAUAAAAUUUCUGAUAAGUUUUUUAUGAAGAAGUAUUUUUAUUUAUAUUCUGCUACAUAAGUGCAACAAAUAAUUAAGUGCUUAUUUCUGCCAAGAAACUGUUUCUGUUUCAGCAGUU